UUUUAUUGGUCAGUCUCCAACAUUCGCCCUGAGGCCACUCUGCAAAGCAAAACACCACCAUGAAAAUGGAGGAAUACAAUUUCUGUUCCACUCUUCAUCCACUUCACUCUUACGCUCCUUCACCUUUCACUUCUAGUGUUCAUAAUACCGAGUUCAACAACAUGAUGAUAAACUCCCAUGAACCCAAGUUGUUCAACGACCCCAAUCUCCGAUCUCUCCUCCCUCUACCCUAUGAACCCGACGGCCCUUGUUGCUUCUUCACCCCCGACCCUGAUCCAGACCCUAUCUUCCCUUCUCUUCCCCUCCCUGACCUCGACUUCUCCCUUUUCUCCUCCGAUAUCCCUGACCCAGCCAGCCACCCUCUUCUUAACCUCCCCUCCCCUCCCCUCUUCCUUUCUGACCUCCGCCCCCUCCACCGUCUUCCUCCUCUCUCCGCUUCUUCCACUCCCAAAUCCAAACGCACUCGUCUCGACUUAGUCCUUUCCCACUCCGACAACAACCCUCAAACACUCGACUCCAUCGUCAAGAGCUCCAACGCUCCUCCUCCUCCAAUCAUCCCUCACAGCGAGCUCGCCCGAAAGCGGAGGCAAAAGCGUAGCGACAAGACCCGUUGUCUCCAAAAGCUAAUGCCAUGGGACAAGAAGAUGGAUAUGGCCACCAUGCUCCAAGAGGCUUAUAAGUACAUCCGCUUCUUGCAAGCUCAAGUCUCCAUUCUCCAAUCCAUGCCCAUCACUUCCAGCUUUGUGUCCACCACCCAACAUCUUAACAAUGCUUCUUUUGAAGUCGGCUUUGCUGGGUUGGGAAGGCUAAACCGGCAACAGCUUUUGCAGGUGUUGAUUAACUCUCCAGUGGCUCAAACCAUGCUUUGUUCACAGGGUCUUUGCGUUUUUGCUACUGAGCAGUUGGUUUCGCUUAACAAGGCCAAGGAAAGGAAAACCAUGCUUCAACAAUUUCUCUUUGGUAAUUAACUAACGAAAAAUAGAAUCUGGGGUAUACGGUUUUACACGCUAUACUAUAAAUGUUUUAGGGAUUCUCUUUGAUUUUUCUUUUGGGUUUAUAUUUUUCAGUCUUUAUCGUCGUACUAGCCUAAAUGUUAGUGCUAGCUUUUCAUCGGAGGGCUUAAAUCAAUGCAAGGAUGAAGGGAUUUUGUUUGGUUCAUCAUUUCCACUUUUGGUUGAUAGUAAAUGAUAUAUGAGUACUGAAA